CUGGUUCGGUGCAUUUUACUCUCUCGUCACGUAUCUCCUUUCUCUCUCGCUCUUCUCUGUCUGUUAACCCAAAAGCCCCUAUACACCAUGGGCCUCUUCUCGCGCCGCAAGACAUCCUCCUCGACCUCCCCAUACGCCUGCGAGGCCGCCAUCGAGAGCACCUCGUCUUUCGGCUCCAUCAGCCACACGCCUGCCAUGAGCCGCGCACAUCUCCCUCUCACCGAGGAGCCCGAGUCAGCCCUCUCUUCCAUCAGCACGGGCUCGUACGCCGCCUACGCCGCCUCGACAACCCAGCUGGGCAUGCCGCCGGCAACCCCGCGGCGCCGCCCACGCCUACACCCCAGCGCUUCGUCGCACAACCUGCAUUCAACCUCGCCAUACUCGUCCUCGUACGGCUCGCCGUACUCGUCCGCACCACCCCUUCCCUCUCUCCCCGCACACUACCACUCCCAGUCCAUCUCGUACAGCAGCGCGCCGCUCAGCUCCCCGCCCAUACCCUCCACCUCCUCCCACUACCUUUUGGCACGGAGCACGCCCAAUCUCCUGCAGAUGCAGCAGCGGCCGCCGCCAAGCGCCGCCCCCCGCCGCCUAGGCAGCAACAAGGAGGCAAGCGCGAGCCGCGUCUCGCUCGCAUCGGCGGGGCGCUCCCUCGCCCGCGUCCCCUCGCUCUGGAAACGCAAGUUCCGCCGCUCCCAGAACUCGACCAACAGCGACACGUCCGACUCGUCGCGCGAUUCCAAACGCCGAUAACUGCCCUCAUUCCUCGUUAUUCCUCUUUGGUUCUGGUUCUGGUUCUGGUUCUGGUUUGGCGUGGCGUGGCGUAGAUGUGGCGUGCCCUCAGGCUAUCUCGUAGACUAUCUGGCUUAGCAUAUUGUAAACUAAUGUAAUGUGUAAUUGUA